GUCCACCGUGGGUGAAGUAUGAAUCAGUAGCUAUGCCAGGCCUCAGCUGGGCCACAUCUGGAUAACUGGGGUGAGGGCACAACAUCACAAAAUAUCUGGCCCCAGCCUGGUCACUCAUCCCUUUUUGGGCAACAAGGAAACUAUCCUGUGGCCUGAGAGCACAAUACCUGAGACAAAGGCCAGCAGAAACAGUUGUCUGCCCUCACCCUUUCUGCCCCAGCUUCCACCUGCUCCCCAUCUGCCCACCCACUAAAGCCCAUGUCGCAUGCCAUUUCUCGAACAUCCAGGAUGUCCCAGAGUGGAUGUCCUUCAGGUCUGCCGGCAGACAAAAAUAUCUCUUCAAAUGCCACUCGAGUGAUAGUGAAGACUGCAGGCAACCAGAAAGACUUUAUGGUAGCUGAUGACAUCUCAGUGAGGCAGUUCAAAGAGAUGCUAUCAGCUCACUUCCAAUGCCAAAUGGACCAACUAGUGCUGGUCUUCAUGGUUUGCCUUCUCAAAGACUAUGACACACUGAGCCAGAGGGGCACCAUGGAUGGCCACACCAUCUACCUGGUCAUCAAGUCUAAGCAUGGGUCCAGAUCUCUAGCCCAUUUCUUCCAGGACCUGCCAACGAAUGUUCCCUGCCACCGGGACAGAAACACCAAAGGAAACAGCAGCAGAGUGCACCAACCAACUGGAAUGAAUCAAGCUCCAGUGGAACUGGCCCACUUUGUGGGGUCUGAUGCACCUAAAGUGCAUACCCAAAACUUGGAAGUGAGCCCCCCAGAGUGCAAAGCACAGAUGCUGGAGAAUCCUAGCAUCCAGCGGCUUCUGUCCAACAUGGAGUUCAUGCGGCAGUUCAUUUCAGAACAUCUAGACACACAACAAUUGAUGCAGCAGAACCCAGGAGUUUCCCACCUUCUUCUUGACAAUUCUGAGAUCCUAUUGCAGACUCUGGAGCUGGCCAGGAAGCUUGCUGUGAUCCAAGAGAUAAUGCAGAUCCAACAACCUUCACAAAACCUUGAGUAUCCACUGAACCCACAGCCGUAUCUGGGCUUAGAGACAAUGCCAGGUGGGAAUAAUGCCCUGGGUCAGAACUAUGCUGAUAUCAAUGAUCAAAUGCUGAACAGCAUGCAAGAUCCUUUUGGAGGAAACCCUUUUACAGCUCUCCUGGCAGGACAAGUGCCAGAACAAGUCCAGUGUUCACCCCCACCUCCACCACCACCACAGGAACAACGAGAUCAGCUCCACAGCAUCCUGCAACCCGAGUCAUCUAUAAUAGCUCUGGUGGUUUAUCUUCAAACACCUCAGCCAACGACAACCCUAACAAGGUCAACCACACUUCCAAAGCCAACACUGCUAUGAUCUCCACCAAGGGCCAGAGCCAUAUCUGUGCCACUCGGCAGCCAGCUGGGAUACCAGCCUUACCUAGCAUAGAGCUUACCCAGCAGCUUCAAGAAGAAUACAAGGAUGCCACUGUUU